CCAAAGAGGACGUUGGAGCAAGGCAUCGAAAAGGACCACCGCCACUGGACACUGUUCGGAAGAUAAAUAGCAUCGAAGAGCGACGAGGAACCAGCACUCCGUAGCCAGCCCGUGGGUGUUGGGCAACAGUUUCUUCCCUUGGCGUCCGUCCCGCGCAUCGCAAUGCCGACGCCGGGAGACGCCAGAACCGGUGCGGAGCCGCCGGUCCGGGACCGCGUCGAGGAGACCUUCGAGCUCUUGCAGAGCGCCAAGAAGCUGGAAUCCGAGUCGAACUACUGGCUUGCAACAGAGAACUUUGUGAAAGCCCACGAGCUGCUGACGCUCCUGGCCGGGGAGGAGACCGCGGGGGCCGAACCAUCGGGGGACGCGGAACGAAUCUCGCACCUGUACGCCACCAAGGCAGAGGAAUACAAGAARCAUUCCCGGAAGUGCCUGAUCCGGGCGAUGGAACAAGACCAAAGCGGCGACGACCGGGUUCGGGAAGCCGACACCGAAAAGAAUUUGCUCGGCGACGACGAGGCGCGGGCCCGAAACCACUCGUUCUCGGUGCUCUUCUCGCGCCCGGUGGCUGUUUCUGCUUCUGUUUCUGCUUCUGUUUCGGAAGGGCCGGCGGGAGGGGAUCCUCUGCCGGCCACGAACGACCACGGCGCUUCCGGACCGCUUGGACCMCCGGAACGAGACACCCGUCCCCACAUCGGGGACGAGGGAGACCUGGAGGCGAGACUGAGAGCCCUGAACCAAUCCCUGCCGAGCGGGUACAAGUCGACGGACGAGCGCGUCUCGGACGUCAAAAAGGGCCUCGGCAAGCUGGGUCUGUCCCUGUACGCAGAGGAGCAGCCCUUUUCGAGGUUCGAGGACGAGGUCCCCAAGAGCGAGGACGAGCAGAUCGACGACAUUAUUGCGCAGGCCGAGGACGARGCCGCCUUCGAACGGCGGUCCCGCGGCGGCGAUACCGRCACCGUCCCGGCGUCCGGUGGCGGCAGAGCGGAAAGUUGCGAGCCUUGCGGCGACGAUUGCUCGAGCAGCGAGGACGACGGCGACGGCGAGGAAGACCUCCUGCUGGACGAYGACCAGCUCGCSAUGAAGACGAUCCAGAAAAAAGUCGCGAGCGCCCAGGCGAAGCUGGCCGAGCUGGCGGCGCUCCUGGACCGGGCCCGUUCGAAAAAGGCAAUGGACGAAGCCGACGAAGAAGAGGAGGUCUUCCGGAACGACUUUGACAGCGACGAGGACGASGACGAGGAUUCCUGCCGUGAUGUUCGGCAGCACGACGUUGCGUUUCUGAUGAUGACGGGGAAACGAAAACUGAAAAGUGCGCAGAGGGACAUGCGAAAGGCAAUGGCCGAGUGGGAAGAAAUGUUACUAUUGUAGUGGUCCUGUAGCGUCGGUAUCCCAUAGCUUCGAAAGGAACA